AUUAUCCCGGGCGAGUAUAAUGCACUGUCGCUUGCCCUGCCCGGGGUAAUGCAGUGUCUAGCUAAGGCUAUGGUCCAUCGUCUUCCCGAUCUAAAGUCGGGGGAACUGAACUAGGGCCAUGGCUAGAGGUGCCUGGCGGCCAGGCAUAAAACGCUAGAGGGUGGUCCCCCCGAAAAACAUUAACCGGUAUGGACCUUCGGGCCAAAUAUGGAGGCUGAUAAGGAGCAAGCACGGGUUGGGAUGUCAACCCAAACGUCGGUGGAAAGCGUGACUGCUACCACCGGCGGGCACGGGGAGGAGCAAUCCUCUCUGCGUGUCGCCAGCGGUCACACCUCGGGCAUGGCGGAAGCAGGUCAUGUCAGUUGCAAUACUACUGCCACAAAAACGACGCGUUGCAGGGUGAGCCGCGCCGGUGCCGUUGUCGACGCAGACUCGGACCUGGAGAGCGUGCUAUCCAUUAGAAAGACCGAAGAGGAAAGCCUUCUCCGCUCGCCGGAACCAGGUACCAGCUUCCUGCGUAGGGAAGGGCCGAAGCGUUCCAAGGAGGGGAUGAAGGCAAAAGCUCAGUAUAAGGCGGCCCUCAAGUUACUGAGCCGGCUCCGGGGCAAGGCGGAUAUCUCCCAAGAGGAGAAGUCCAAGCUAGCCUGGGCUGAGCAACGGGUACAGGAGGGCCGCGAACACUACGCGCAGUUGCCCCAGAUGAAGGAAACAAACGGUGGAUUCGCCAACAAGGUGGAGGAGAUGUUGGCCACCAAGAGGCAACGCUCGAUCGAUUGAGUCUUGCGCUGGACGACUCGGAGGAGGAGGAGGACGGUGACCUGACAAUCAUAGUCAACCCGUCGUGCGAGGUUGAGUUAGCCACUAAGGGUGCAGCAACUCAAUCUUCAUAAAAGCUAGGUAGCGUCGGCGGAGCUCCUCAUUGCCAUGCAGCAGGGACCGCCGACAUAGCUUUAGUCCAGGAGCCGUGGAUUGCGUCAGGCAACUCUGUGGCCGGACUAUAAAGUCCUCAAAUUACAGCUUUCUCUAUUAAAAAUCGCACGAAUGACUUGACGGUGGUGAUGCUGGAGAGCGAGGAAAAGCGCCUAAUGGCAGCUUCCUGCUACAUGGCACACGACAGGCCCGCCCCACCGGAAGAACUUAGG